GAGAGACUAAAUAUACAAUAGAAGCAAGUACGACUUGUUAAUUCAAUUCGAGGCGGUGGUUUGGGGCCUAGGGUUUCCCGUUCGUCCGCUUCGUCGUCAACGCGACCGUCUUUGGUCUCUGUCUCUCACUUUAGAAUCGGAAUGUCCCUCCUUUGUUCGACGUCCCAAAUUUAGGAACUUCUUCAUUCCACAAAAGCAGGUCUUUUGUGGUCUUUCUGAUUUCUUCUGUCCAAUCUAAACUAUUCUUGGAUGCCUAAAUUAGAAAAAUUACAAACUAGACGGCCUGGUUCUUUAUCUGUGGCCGAGACUCUUGCAAAAUGGAAAGAUUACAAUGAUCACCUUGAUUCAUGUAAUGAUGAGGCAAAACUUGCUCGUAGAGUUCCAGCCAAGGGGUCGAAGAAAGGCUGCAUGAAAGGUAAGGGAGGGCCAGAGAAUAUGCGAUGUAAUUACAGAGGAGUUAGGCAAAGGACAUGGGGGAAGUGGGUUGCAGAAAUUCGGGCACCGAAUAGAGGAAGUCGGCUCUGGUUAGGUACAUUUCCAACUGCCAUUGAUGCCGCACUUGCUUAUGAUGAAGCUGCAAGGGCCAUGUAUGGCACUUUAGCUCGCCUCAAUUUUCCCAAUAUCUCAAUUCCAACCUUGCUAAAAGAAAAAGAAUCAUCAACAAAGGAUUCUCCUGAAAUCAAGAGGUCUUCAAUCUCUUUUUUAGGGUCAACUUCACUUAGUCUGAGUUCCGAGUCCACAAUAACAUCAGAUCACUCUGAGGAUUGUGCAGUUGAAGAUAUCUAGCCAGCUAUAACCCUUGAUCACUGUAAAGUUUAUGAAUUGGGGAAUCUAGGCCAGAUGUCGAUUUUUUUUCGAUAAUUAAUGUAAUUGCCCUUAUAGGCAACAUGUGGGAGUAGGGUUGAUUGUAAUAUUUUUUUUUUCUUGUUUUGUCAUAAAGUAUAAGUCGGGUUAGAAAAGAUGAACUGGGGAUGAAAUUUCACUAGAAUUUUUCUAAUUGAAACAUUCCUAGUGGGAGGUUAGUUGUAUUCGACUGUAGAUUGAACUAUGCUACAUGUCAGAUGUCUGAUGAUCCAUGUAGACGUUUAUGUUUAAUUUGUUUUAGUGGUUGAUAUUUCAGUA